CAAAUAUUCGAAAAACGUAUCUUGUUGGGCACUGUUGAUUACUGUAAAGAACAUCUUCCUAACAAUCCCAUUCCUUUCCUUUCAAGUGAACCAACAAAAACAAUCGAAAGAAAAAUGUUUGGCCGGACCCAGCUUACUCGAAUCGCAACAGCAACAUCUGUAUUACUACUAUCACUUAUUGGUACAACAACACAACCCGUGUCGGCGGCGGGAUUCCCGGAUGGAUACAAUGUCAUCACAUAUUGGGGCCAGAACUCGGCUGGUACGGGUAGCUCACAAAAAGACCUUGCAACUUAUUGCGAUGAUACUUCGGACGUUCUCGUAAUUGGAUUUAUUACCAAUUUCAACGUGGGUGGUCUUCCAACUUUAAACGUUGCCAAUGCCUGUGAAGGCAGUGUAUUUGAGGGAACAUCUCUGCUUCAAUGUGAUCAUAUUGGAAAAGACAUCAAAACUUGUCAAAAGAAAGGUAAAAAAGUAUUGCUGUCGCUUGGUGGUGCAAGUGGUGCAUACGGAUUUACUAGCGACAAGGAGGGUACAACCUUUGCAAAGACCAUGUGGGAUCUUUUCGGUGGCGGUGAAAGUGACACUCGGCCAUUUGGUGAAGCAGUUAUUGAUGGCUUUGAUCUGGAUAUCGAAGGCGGAGGACCAACCGGUUAUGCGGCAUUUGUCAAAGAGCUUCGCAAUUUGUUCGAGGAAGAUUCGUCUAAAGACUAUUAUGUUACGGCUGCACCCCAGUGUCCAUUUCCGGAUGCUAUGUUGGGUGAAGUUAUUGACGACGUCGGUAUCGAUGCUGUCAAUGUCCAAUUUUACAACAAUUAUUGUUCGACAGGAGGCUCUAACUUUAAUUUUGAAACUUGGGACGAUUGGGCAAAGAACAAGUCACCCAACAAGGAUGUAAAGAUCUACCUCGGCAUUCCGGGAUCAACUUCUGCUGCAGGCACGGGCUAUAUUACCUAUGAAGACUUGGAGCCGGUAUUUGACAAGGUGACGUCAUUUGAAAGCUUUGGUGGUAUAACCAUUUGGGAUGCUUCACAAUCACAUGGCAAUAAAGAUACCGAGCCAAAUUUUGCAACAGCUAUUUCAAAAUUGGUGCGUACUGGCGAAUCUAACAGCAAUACCACCAGCAUCACUGCUACUGCUACAACUACUACUACUGCCAAGGAAACCAGUACUGCUACUUCAACUAAAAGCGAUCACUCUGCAACAGCGACGCCUUCUGAUACAUCCUGCAUUCAAGACGGUGAUAGCUGCUCUGAGCACGGCAAACAAGUCUGUGCCAGUAACGGGUUUGCUGUGUGUAAUCACGACAAAUGGGUUGUAACGCAAUGUGCCGUUGGCCUGACCUGUAUGAGCACGACAGAGGGAAGUUCGAUCUACUGCGCACAGACUCAAGAUGGCGACCUUACUAGCAGCAGCAGCAGCAGCAGCAGCGCUGAUACCUGUGACAAGAAGAAACGUUCGGUGCUGCAUACCAAAAGUGCCCCACGACCGUACAAAUCAACACGCGUGACCUCUCAAUUGACAGUGGUUAAAGUCGCAGACAAGAGAUACGAAGCGGUGGUGAAUGCCCGUCGAUUGGAUACCAAGGCAUUUGGAAACACUGUGGUGGUCGAAAUGAAAAUGCCUGCUGGUAUCACCGUGGAUAGUGUCACGACCGGCAAAGUCAAGCAAGAUGGCCAGACUGCAAAGUUGCAAGUGAAGAAUCCUAACAAAAAGAGUAUGGGACUCGUUUUUUCGAUUGCUGGUUCAAUCGACGAAAAAUCGGAUGUUUUUGUUGCUCCCGAUGUAAACAACAUGAAGUUCAUGACAUGA